CAUGAAUACUACUCAAUGCUUCUUUAAUAAAGUCAUGAACAACAAUGCAUGGAUUUUUUAUUUUAUCUUUUUGUUAGCCAAUUGCAUUGACUAGGUUGUCUGCAAAACAUGUACCGCAGAAGUAUAAAUCUAAAAAGUGUUACGUUAGUACUUAGUGAUAUGCAUUAAGUUCAGGGUUUGAUCUAGCUACCGCACUACAUCCAAAUAUGCAGUAUGCACUUACAUUUCUUGUUUGUUCAAGCUUUUCAUCAUGCUAAAAUAUUUUCCUAUUGAGUCAAAAGGGAGGCAACAAAAGCUGAGAGAAGUCGGCAGAGUUGCCACCAUAUGUUUCUGUUGUUUCUCGGCACGAUGCAUAAUGAUGUGCUUCAAUGCAUUUGACGAGGAAGAUGACUAUAUUUUUGCUCAUUUUUUUCAAUCUUAAAACAGCGAGAAACUAUAUUCCUAGAUUGCUGAACCUUUUGUUAGCAUUGAUGGAAGAUAAUGCUAUAAUUUUUGUAAGUGUUCCCCCUUAUAUAUUUGUCUGAUAACCUUGUAUCUCCCUCCAGAUCACCCAUGGUUACAGAACAUUAAGAAGGCUCCAAAUGUCAAUUUGGGCGAAACUGUUAAGGCCAGACUUCAACAAUUCUCUGUGAUGAACAAGUUCAAGAAGCAUGCACUUAGGGUCAUAGCUGAGCAUCUUUCAGUAGAAGAGGCUGCUGACAUAAAGGAUAUGUUUGAGAAGAUGGAUCUUAACAAGGAUCAAAUGCUUAAUUUCGAUGAGCUGAAGCUUGGUCUGCAUAAAUUUGGUCACCAAAUCCCUGAUGCAGAUGUUCAAAUACUAAUGGAAGCUGCGGAUGCUGAUGGAAACGGGUCCUUGGAUUAUGGAGAAUUUGUUACACUAUCUGUUCAUCUAAGAAAGAUUGGAAAUGAUGAGCAUCUUCAUAAGGCAUUUGCAUACUUUGACCGGAAUCAGAGUGGUUAUAUUGAAAUCGAUGAACUCCGUGAGUCAUUAGCUGAUGAUCUUGGACAGAAUCAUGAAGAGGUUAUCAAUGCAAUUAUCCGUGACGUAGACACCGAUAAGGAUGGCAAGAUAAGCUACGAUGAGUUUGCAGCGAUGAUGAAGGCCGGAACAGACUGGAGGAAAGCGUCGAGACAGUAUUCGAGAGAGCGGUUCACCAGCCUGAGCCUUAAGCUGCAAAAGGAUGGAUCGUUGCAGAUGGAGAGUACGCAGUAGUCGAUAACACCCAUAGGCAAGUUGUGAAUUACAGAAGGAAACCCUGUGUAGAUUUUCUGGUUGUUUGUUGACAGCUCUUCUGCUCGUCCUGAUCUUCUAUUGCUUUCUAUUCUUCACUCGUCUGUUUGAAGCAUUGGGGGGAUUGUUGAUGCCGUGAUUGUAUUUAGACUGCAUGAUCCAUGCCUCACUGAUUUCCACGCCUUAGGGCAAAGUGUACUGUACAAGAGAAAGAGGGGAAAAUGAUUAGGAGUUUG